UUUCGAUAUACCCCGAAAAGUUCAAAGCUUGCGGGUUCAUAAUCCCCGUCAAAAAAUAAAACAGCAGAAAAAAGUGAAUUUCAUUCUCCGACAGCUCAUUCCGUCAGCCGUUUCCGUUUUUAAAGAAUUCCAGAUUUAUUCAACAAUUCUAAGAGUUCGAGACGUAAGCGUCGCAUCAUUUGUCUGACUUGACCACAAUGUCCAACCACAAGGAUGUUUCUGACGACGAGGAAUUUUCCACCUUAUUGGCCUCUGCAGGGAACAAGUUGGUCGUUGUCGACUACAAUGCUACUUGGUGUGGGCCGUGCAAAGCCAUGCACCCUGUCUUCAUCCAACUCUCCCAUAAGUUUCCUGAAGCUCUCUUCCUUGGGGUUGAUGUCGACCGGUGUCGAGAAACAGCUAUGGCACAAGGAAUUUCUGCGAUGCCUACGUUUAUAUUUUAUAGGCAUCAGCAAAAGCUAGAUUCGGUUCGAGGGGCGAAUGCAACAGAGUUGGAGGAGAAAAUCAGGAAGCAUUACGGUCAGCCAGAGUCAAUGGAUCCUCAUGGUUCAGGACCUGGAGGAAUUGGCGAUAUAUUCCCGUACAUCGACAUGAAGGGGUGUGAAUGUCUGAACGAGUCGGACGCUACCCCUUUCCGCUCAUUUAUUGAGAAGAAAAGCAAACUAGUUUCUGAUUGUGACGAGCAACUGAUUUUAGUUUACGGGUUCAACCAGAAUGUUAAGCUGCAGUCUUUGAAGAUCAAAGCACCAGUUGAAACUGGCCCAAAAACUUUGAAAUUGUUCACUAAUCAACCGAAGACUUUGGAUUUCGAUUCCGCGUCCUCGAUGACACCUGUUCAAGAAAUUAUCUUGAAAGAAGAGGACCUCUCUGGUGAAAGUACUGUUGAAUUGCGAUUUGUGAAAUUUCAAAAUGUGAGCAACUUACAAAUCUUUGUGAUGGACAACUUAUCAGGAGACGAGACAACUGAGAUUGAAUCACUUACAAUUUAUGGAACGCCAGUUUCGACAACCAAUAUGACCGACUUUAAACGUGUCGCUGGAAAUAAAGGAGAGUCACACUAGAGUUUUUUCUCAAGUCAAAAACUGAUUUUAAAUGAAGCCUCUCGGAAUAAAAAUAUGGUGUAACAAAUAAAGAACCACCUUGCUUCCAAAUUGCGUUUGAUUGAAUCUAACGAAGCUAAACUAAAUAAUUUUACUGUAAACUACUACAGCAAUUCCUUUUUUCAAUAAUUCUUACUUUUUCGAUAUAAACUGUAUUUUAUGUACAGUCUGAAAAGUUGAAAUAAAAUUUAAAUUGUCAAAAAGA